AUGCUCUGCCUCAUCUACUUCUUCGCGCUCUUCAUUUUCAUCUACGACAGGUUCAUCAAGAAGAAGGAAGACAAGAAGGACUUCGCCGACGAGCUCGUGGACGCGAAAGCGUUCGCGGCCGCCUCCGCCGCCGCGGACGGCGGAAAAAACCAGUACGACGGCCUCUCCGACGACGAAAUCCGCGACAAGAUCGCGCAAGACAGGUGGCUCCAGCCCGCGGGGGACGAGAAAUCGCCAGAGUACAGGGCGAAGUUUAUUCGCACCGCUUCUUUCGGGAAGCUCAACAUCGACGACAAAGGCCCCGCGCGCGAUUUCCUCCACUGGCUCUCCGGCGUCAACUGGUUCAAGGUGUUCCUCGUCGUCUUCAUCAUCUACUGCGUUUGGACGUUCCUUCUCGUCCUCAACAUCAUGGGCACCGGCUUCAAGCUUCUCGGCGGGAAAUCCUCCGCGAAGAUGUUCGACGUCGUCGACAACCCGAUCUCCGCCCUCAUGGUCGGUAUCCUCGCCACCGUGCUCGUGCAGUCCUCGUCCACGACGACGUCUAUCAUCGUCUCCCUCGUCGGCGCGAACGAGCUCUCCGUGAAGUACGCGGUCUUCAUGAUCAUGGGUGCGAACAUCGGUACGUCCGUGACGAACACCAUCGUCGCGAUGGGUCACUUCAACAACCCGGAGGAACUCCGCCGCGGCUUCUCCGCGGCUACCGUGCACGACGUCUUCAACAUGAUUGCGGUCGCCAUCUGGCUCCCCAUCAACUGGAUCUACCCCGUCUUCAAGGAGAUGACGUACGAGAUGGUCAAGGACAUCGAUGCGUGCGACGACUCCGACGGCGACGACUGCUCGAAGACGGAGUUCCUCAAGCCCUACUGCGACGCUCGCCUCCUGAAGGGCGGUCUCGCGUACGACACCUGGGACAUGUCCGAUAAAGAAGCGGGCACGACGCUCACGAUCCUCUCCCUCGCCGCGCUCUGCGCGACGCUCUUCUGCAUCGUGUACGUUCUCCAGAUCGUCGUCAAGGGCCCCGCCGCGCGCAUGCUCAAGAAGGCUGUCGGGUUGAACGGCUACCUCAACAUGGCCAUCGGCUGCGGCAUCACGAUUCUCGUGCAGUCAUCGUCGAUCACGACGUCCACGCUCACGCCGAUCGCGGCGGUUGGCCUCAUCACCCACGAGGAGAUGUUCCCGCUCACGCUCGGCGCGAACGUCGGUACCACCCUAUCGGGCAUCAUGGCCGCGACCGUCGUCACGUCCAACCCGGUCCAGGCGUGGCAAGUCGCCUUGACGCACUUCUUCUUCAACGUCUUCUCGAUCGUCCUCAUCUACCCGCUUCCGGUUACCCGCGCGAUCCCGCUGGCGGCGUCCAGGUGGCUCGGCAGGAUGACCGCGCACGAGACGUACGGAAAGAUUUUCCCGCUCGUGUACACCGGCGUUGUGUUCCUGGCGAUCCCCGGCAUUUGCUACGGCAUCGCCGUCGCCGCGACGUCUUAAUUCGACGCCGUCGACGUCUUAAUUUGACGCCGCCGACGCGUUCAUUCACCUCGCUUCAACAACCAAGUGAGAAUCAAUAAUCAAAUAAAACGAGGUCGACGAUGACGUCGAUCGAUUGCGAGAUUUAUUUACAUCAGCGCAUUUCAUGUAAUAUAAAAGUUAAGAAUUUAGCGACA